AUGCUUUUAUCUUCAAUCUUCUGUUUAAUAUUAUCUAAUGCAUUGUCUUUUAGACGUGAUACAGCUAUUCUUUAUUCAAGAAUAGGUAUUAUAAUAUUAUUUUACUGUAUUUAUUUAUGUUAUAAUAAUUUAUUUAUAACAUAUUUAGAUAAUGGUAUAGGGUUGUUCGGUGGUUUAUUUUAUACAUCACCUAUAACACAAACAUUUCACAUAUUAAUAUUAUUUAUAACAUUAUUAAUACUGAAUUUAACUGGUUUUUAUCCUAGAAAACUUAUAUCAAGUCAAUACUUAAGUUUAUCUAAAUUAUUAUUCACAAAAUUACAAUUUGUUAAAAAUAUUGCUGUAUCUAAUAUAAUUUUAAAAAAAGGAGAACAAUAUACAAUAUUAGAAUAUACAUUAAUGUUAUUAUUUAUUGUAAUAGGUAGUUUAUUAUUAAUAUCUAGUAGUGAUUUCGUAUCUAUAUUCUUAUCUAUAGAAUUACAAAGUUAUGGUUUAUAUUUAUUAUGUACUAUGUAUAGAAAUUCUGAAUCUGCAACAUCUGCUGGUUUAACUUAUUUUUUACUAGGUGGAUUAGCAUCUUGUUUUAUAUUAUUAGGUAUAGCUUUAAUAUAUGCAAAUUUAGGUGUAACAUAUUUAGAUAGUUUCUAUGUUAUAAAUAAUUUAGCAGGUGUAUUAGAUGAACAACAAAUUACUACUUAUAUACCUUAUUGCUUAUUAUUAAUAACUAUAGGAUUAUUAUUUAAAAUAUCAGCUGCACCAUUUCAUUUUUGA